GUCACUUGCCCUGCCUGCUGCCCUUGCCAAACUGAAAAUGGCUUGGUGGUCGCUCGAUGUGGUCGCUUGCAAGCCUUUCACUACGGCGUGUUGUUUGUGUGUGACAGUACCGGUAAGUAAUAUUAGGUAGUGAUGUGCUUGUGAUACCGGGACAUUUACUCGUGAAUUUCUACCGCGCGGAAGGUACGAGGCAAACUUCCUUCGCGUUAAUAGUCCUUGUCAACUAUGUGCGCGCAUAGACGCCCACCAUGUUUCUCUCCCUCAAAUCUCCCGACACACAACAAGUUCUUGUCAUCCUGUUACUCUGUCUCCUCGAGGCCAUCGACAGCAUGAUUUUCCCUCCGUCCAAGAGGGUCGCCCUCUUCGUCUUGCCUGUGUCAGCAACCAUCUCGGAGCCAGUGACCACUACUUGGAGCAAGGGUCGUUAUCCUACCAAGCCUCUGAACUAUGCGCCUCUUGCUACCACCUGGUCUGGUACCACCGCAUCGAUCCUGGUGAACGGCACUUCAUCAACCUUCACUGCUCAGUACACCCUCCCGGCCUCUGUCGAUCGUGGCGAGCACUUGCUUCCCAACGUCGAGGAUCCCGAGGCCAAGGUUGCUCAAAGCAUCUGCCCUGGUUACAAGGCCUCGAAUGUCGUGCACACCCAACACGGUUUCACUGCUACUCUGAACCUUGCUGGUCAGGCUUGUAACAUCUACGGCGCCGAUAUUGACGUCCUCAACCUCACAGUUGCCUACCAGUCUGCCCACCGUUUGGCAGUCGAGAUCACUCCCGCUCACAUUACUGCCGAGAAUGCUAGCUGGUACAUCUUGCCUUCCGAGCAAGUCUACAAGCCCAAGCAGUCCGUUCCCGACGAGGCUACCCAAGACAUUGACCUUCAAUUCGUCUGGUCAAAUCACCCUACCUUCUCCUUUGCGGUCUUGAGAAAGUCAACUGGCGAUGUUCUGUUUUCUACCGAGGGCACAGUCCUUGUCUAUGAGAACCAGUUCAUCGAGUUUGUGUCUGCCUUACCCGAGAACUACAAUCUCUAUGGCUUGGGAGAGCGUCUUCACAACAUCAGACUCGGCAACAAUCUGACUGCUACCAUCUUCGCUACGGACGAUGGCGAUCCUCUAGAUGUCGGCCUCUACGGCUCUCACCCUUUCUACCUGGACACAAGAUACUACGAGCAAGAUCCUGAGACGAGUGCUCUGACUCUCUUGACCGGUAAUGCUAGCGAUGACGCCAACUACAUCUCGUACAGCCAUGGUGUCUACCUGAGAAACUCCCAUGGAAUGGAGCCUAUCUUGAACGCCAGAAACAUCACAUGGAGAACUCUCGGUGGUAACAUCGAUCUCUACUUCUUCGACGGCCCUACUCAGGUCGAAGUCACCAAGCAGUACCACAAUGGUGCCAUCGGUAUGCCUGCGAUGCAGCAAUACUGGACUUUUGGCUACCACCAAUGCCGUUGGGGCUACAAGAAUUGGACUAUGAUGCAAGAAGUCAUUGACACUUUCGCCAAGUUUGAGAUCCCUCUCGAGACUAUCUGGAAUGACAUCGAUUACAUGUACCAGUACAGAGACUUCGAGAACGAUCCUAAUGCUUUCCCGUACGAACAAGGCAAGAAGUUCAUCGAUGAGCUGCACGCCAAUGGUCAGCAUUACGUUCCGAUCGUCGACUCCGCUAUCUACCAUCCUAACCCCGAUAACGCUUCCGAUGCUUACUCGGUAUACAGCCGUGGUAAGGAUAUGGACGUGUUCAUGAAGAACCCUGAUGGCUCCGAGUACAUUGGCGCUGUCUGGCCGGGCUUCACCGUCUUCCCUGAUUGGCACGCCGUGAACACUACACAGUGGUGGUUUGAGUCGAUGAACGAUUGGUGGCAGAAGUUCCAAGUUGAUGGUAUCUGGAUUGACAUGUCAGAGGUCAGCUCUUUUUGUAUCGGCAGCUGUGGAACCGAUCAUCUGCACAUGAACCCCGUUCACCCACCCUUCGAUCUUCCAGGUGAGCCUGGCUCCGUUGAUUACAACUACCCCGAGGGCUUCAAUAUCACCAACAGUACCGAAGCCGCUGUCGCCUUGUCAAAGGCCUUGGCUCAGGCAUCGUCCAACUUGGCUGAGCAAGGUCCCUCGACGACUGAUACCCGCCCAUAUCUCCGUACCACACCCACUCCCGGCGUUCGUAACAUCAACCACCCUCCAUAUGUUAUCAAUGGUCACCUCGGCGAUUUGGCUGUUCACGCUGUAUCGCCCAACGCCACUCAUGCCAGCGGGGUUCAAGAGUAUGACGUCCACAACCUCUUUGGAUACGAGAUUCUCAAUGCCACGUACAUCGCUCUGACCAAGAUCGUCCAGGCCAAGCGUCCCUUCAUCAUUGGCCGUAGCACGUUCGCAGGCGCCGGUCAAUUCGCCGGACACUGGGGUGGCGACAACUAUGCCACCUGGGAGUCCAUGAUGUUCAGCAUCCCUCAGGCUCUCUCGUUCUCUCUUCUCGGUAUCCCGAUGGUUGGUCCUGACACUUGCGGCUUUUAUGGAAACUCAGACGAGGAGCUUUGCAGUCGCUGGAUGCAGCUCAGUGCUUUUUUCACUUUCUACCGUAACCACAACGCUCUGGACGACAACUCUCAAGAGCCUUAUGUGUGGGGCUCUGUCAUUGAUGCCAGCAAGCGUGCCAUGGCCAUUCGCUACUCGCUUCUUCCUUACAUGUACACCUUGCUCCACAUGGCACAUACCACUGGCAGCACUGUGAUGCGCGCCAUGACCUGGGAAUUUCCUAAUGACCCUAGCCUUGUCGCUGCUGACCGUCAGUUCAUGCUCGGACCUAGCUUGUUGAUCACUCCUGUUCUCCGCCCUCUGGUCACUACUGUCAACGGUGUCUUUCCUGGUAGUAAGGAUGGAGUUGUCUGGUAUGACUGGUACACGCAGACUGCUGUCAACGCUAUCCCUGGCGCCAAUGUCACCAUGGACGCACCUCUUGGCCACAUUAACGUCCAUAUUCGUGGCGGCAGUGUAUUACCUCAACAAGAAGCUGGUCUCACUACUAGAGCUUGCAGAAGCUCUCCUUGGAGUGUCAUUGCCGCGCUGUCAAUUGACGGUACAGCUACUGGCAGCUUGUACAUUGACGACGGUGAAAGCAUCAUCCAGAAUGCAACCCUCUUCGUUGACUUCACAGCCAAGAAGCAACAUCUCUACGCCUCUGCUCGCGGUACCUGGCAGGAGAAGAAUGCUUUCGCCAACAUUACUGUUCUUGGUGUGCAGGAAGAGCCUCAGACCGUGUCGUUUGACGGCCAGGUUCUGACGGCCGGUGUCGACUAUAACGGUACUAGCAAGGUACUCAAGGUUACUGGCCUGCAAGACGCUACUUCUUCGGGUGCAUGGGCACGGGACUGGAUCCUCGAGUGGUAGGAGAGAACGAGAAGCGUUGAACGAUUUUACGAUAUGAAGGCCUGAUGAUGGUUUUUCAAUGUUGCUAGGAGAAAAAGUCUCCGUAGAUGUAAAGUACAGAGCUGCUCAUACAUUCAUGCUUCGUGUAAUGUGCGACU